AUGACUUGUUUACUUCGAUAUUCAUUUUAUUGCGACAGUCUGGACUCCAGUCUGGAAACCAACCGCAGUAUCUCCAAGGUAUCUUCCAACCCUUCCUCCAACAUUGACUCAGACAACUACGGUGAAGUGAAUGAUUUCAUCACCCAGAUACCCUCUAAAGUGCAGAUACAAGAUAUUACCACGGAGCUACACUGCCCACUGUGUAAUGACUGGUUCCGUGAUCCACUGAUGCUAAGCUGUGGCCACAACUUCUGCCAGGCUUGUAUCCAAAACUUUUGGAAGCAGCAAGCAGAAGAAACAUUCUGUCCUGAGUGUAAGAUGCUGUGUCAAUAUAGCAGCUGUACAUUUAACCUUGUUCUAGAGAAGCUAGUAGAGAAGAUUAAGAAGCUACCCUUACUCAAGGGCCAUCCACAGUGCCCAGAGCAUGGAGAGAACCUGAAACUGUUCAGUAAGCCAGAUGGGAAACUGAUAUGCUUUCAAUGCAAAGAUGCUCGGUUGUCUGUGGGACAGUCUAAUGAGUUCCUGCAGAUCUCUGAUGCUGUCCGUUUCUUCACGGAGGAGCUUACCAUCCAACAGGGUCAACUGGAGGCAACCCUGAAGGAGCUUCAGUCCCUGAGGAACAUGCAGAAAGAUGCUAUUGCUGCUUACAAGGAAAACAAGCUACAUCUGCAGCAACACAUCUCCUUGGAGUUUCUAAAGCUGCAUCAGUUCCUGCACAGCAAAGAAAAGGACAUUUUAAAUGAGCUCCGAGAAGAAGGGAAAGCACUGAAUGAGGAGAUGGAGCUGAAUCUGAGCCACAUUCAGGAACAGUGUCUCCUAGCCAAGGAGAUGUUGGUGAGCAUCCAGGCACGGAUGGAACAGCAGAACUCCUUCGACUUUCUCAAAGACAUAACAUCUCUCUUGGAUAGCUUGGAGCAAGGAAUGAAGGUGCUGACAUCUAGAGAGCUUAUCUCCAGAAAGCUGAACCUAGGCCUGUACAAAGGUCCCAUCCAGUACAUGAUAUGGAGGGAAAUGCAGCCUACUCUCUCUCCAGGACUAUCUCCUUUAACCCUGGACCCUAAAACUGCUCACCCAAAUCUGGUGCUCUCCAAAAGCCGAACCAGUGUAUGGCAUGGUGACAUUAAGCAGGUAAUGCCCGAUGAUCCAGAGAGGUUUGACUCAAGUGUGGCUGUGCUGGGCUCAAAAGGCUUCACAUCUGGAAAGUGGUACUGGGAAGUAGAAGUAGCAAAGAAGACAAAAUGGACAGUUGGAGUCGUCCGAGAAUCCAUCAUCCGGAAAGGCAGCUGUCCUCUAACUCCUGAGCAAGGAUUCUGGCUUUUAAGACUGAGGAACCAAACUGAUCUAAAGGCUCUGGAUUUGCCUUCUUGCAGUCUGAAACUGACUAACAACCUCAACAAAGUGGGCAUAUACCUGGAUUAUGAGGGAGGGCAAGUGUCCUUCUACAAUGCUAAAACUAUGACCCACAUUUACACUUUCAGCAACAUUUUCAUGGAGAAACUUUAUCCCUACUUCUGUCCUUGCCUUAAUGACGGUGGAGAGAAUAAAGAACCAUUGCGUAUCUUACAUCCACAGUAAUCUGUCAUACUAUUGUAUAAAUUCAGAGCGUUAUUAAAGAGGCAUUGAAAUAGUU